AUGCGGCGCGGGUGUGCAAGGCAAAGUCGCACUCUACCAAUUAUUAUAUGCAAGCGCGGUGGACCAACGAAUCCAGAUGUUCCUGCAAUCGUGGCCGAUGGGUAUCAAUGGGCCAAGUAUAAUCGCGCACAACCAACUCUUUUGAUCCUCUAUCCCAAAAUUGACCAACUUGGCAGACGAUGUGCCAUCGUCUCAACUAAUGGUCUGGCAUCACCGGCCAUGCGUGCGAUUUCUGUGUCCUGUAUCUUUGUGGACGACUCUGGAUCUUCUAACGCAAUUUGCAAACUGCAAAUGAAGGUGUGCGCGCGGCAAAUUUGUGCGCGAUCUCAGUUCUUCGCAAUAAUGUUGGCCAUGGUCUCAUUUCAUUUUUCUGCGUUAAGCAGGCUUUCGGCAUCCCCGACCUGCUUGCGCUCAGAGACUUCCCUGGUGCGCAUCCGUGCGCGAAUAGCUCCUAUAUUCAUUGGCGUCAAUCCUUGGGAUGGCGCUGGAUCGGGUUCCGAAUAG